CUCUAUCUCUAUCUCUCUUUCUCUUUCUUUCUCUCUCUCUCUCCUCACACAGACACUUGUAUUCUAAUUCUAUAUAAACUUUGCGUUCCACUUCACCGGCGAUAAAAAUAUAUAUGUAAAACAAAGAAGAUCAAACUUUCCCUAGAAAAUUUUCAAAAUCUUUUCGGUAGCCAAACACUGGAGAGAAAGGAUUUGAAAAAAGCGAGCUGGUUUUGAAGUUUGAAUGGUCUUUCUUCGAUAGAUGGUUGUAGUGGAAGAGAACAAGGGUACGAGCAUGGCGAUGGGACCGGAGAGAUCGAAGGCUUUGCACAAUUUCACUCUGCCGUGUUUGAAGUGGGGGAACCAGAGGUAUCUGAGGUGCAUGAAGCCAGGUCCGGAUGGCGGCGGUGAAGUUCCGACGGAGGCGAUGGUGGAUCGGCGAUCUCCGGCCACGAUAGCGGAGAGCUCCUCUACGGGGACUCGGCGAAAGGAAUCGGAGAGGACAAGGAAGAAGGAUUGGAAAUCGGGAAUCGAAAACGAAGGGAUCGAUGCGGUCAGAGAGAAGCUGUUGUUUGAUCUGAAAACCGCGACGGAUAAGAUGAAAGACGCGAUUUUUCGGAAAGAAGAAGAAGAAGAAGAUGAAGAAGAAGAAGAAGAAGACGAAGAAGAAGAGGAGGAAAUCGAAGAGGAAGAUGACGAAGCGGAAAUUGGAAAGAAAUUGGCUCCGCCGUCGUCGGCGGUGGAAGCGAGGCCGUGGAAUCUGAGAACGAGGAGAGCGGCGUGUAAGGCUCCGAUUGGACCGAAGGGAUUGAGAAUCGAAGAGAGGAAGGUGAAUUACUCGCCGUUGAGGAGUGAGAAUAACAAUAAUGGCGGCGUUAGUGUAAAGUCGCCGAGGCUAAAAAAAGAGAAAGAAAAGCAGAGGACAAAGUUGAUUGUGCCGUUGGGGAAGAAAGAGGUCGAAGAAGAUUUCAUGGAGAUGAUUGGCCAAAGGCCAGCAAGAAGGCCCAAGAAACGGCCCAGAAUUGUUCAGAAGCAAAUCGAUACGCUAUUUCCGGGGAUGUGGUUGAUGGACAUUACAGUUGAUUCCUACAAGGUUCCUGAGUCUGCUGACAAUGGCAAGAGAUAGUAAUGGGAGUGCCAAGUUUCAAACUUUUCAAGGCUUCUUCUGUUUGCUGACUACUGUAACUUUGUGACCCUGACUAGUGGUAUACCACACUAUCUUUGUGAAUUGGGAACAUGGUAAUAUCCACAACAAAAAGUGUUGAAUUCCCAGUAACUUGUGGUGCAAAUGUAAUGCAUGUCCAGUUUUUUUUUUUUUUAAUUCUAAUUUUUGUUUUUUAAUUAUGAUUCGUUUUUCUUUCUACUUAAGUCAGAAUAAUAAUCUUGUGUAAAGGAAACAUCGGUGGAUGGAAGGAUGUUAUUAGAUAAAAGAGAGAUUUUUUUUCUUU